AUGCGCCGUCAGGCGUCGACGAACAGCGUCGGCGGCAUUCCUCCCCCGAGCAUUCCCAACAUUGCCGUGCCGCCCGCCAACCUCGCCUUCAUUGACCAGAGCUUCCCCUCUCCGCUUCGUCCCACCCCGCCCCGCCACAUGAGCCCGCACCCCGACCCGGUCCCCAGCCCGAACCCGGCCGCAGCCGUCAGCCACCACCUCCAGUCGCUGACAAGCCUGCUGAACCCUCUGCUGUCGGCCAGCGAUGACGUCGCCCGCCUUCGCGCCGAGGUCGACAUGUGGCGUGCCGAGUGGCAGCGGUGCGACCGCGAGCGUCGCCGCCUCGAGACGCUCGUGAGCGUUGGCGAUGCCGGACCCGUGUUCACCGCUGUGCUGAUCGACGGCGACAGCCUCGUGUUCGACGACGCUUACAUCCGCAAGGGCUACGCAGGCGGUCAACAGGCCGCUCGUGCUCUGCAGGCGGCGGCUGCCGGCGAGGGCGAGGGGGCCAUGCUCGUGCACGUAUUCGUGAACAAGAGUGGCCUCGGUCAUGCUCUCGUUAAGGCUGGGACUUGCAGCUGGGCCGUCUACGAGGCGUUCUGGCAGGGUUUCGCUGCCGCCGAUCCGUUGUGGACGGUCUGUGACGCUGGACACUCCCAGGAUGCCGUCGACGCCAAGAUCGCGGCUCACCUCCGCCUCCUGGCUCAGAACAGGCAGUGUGUCUCCGUCGUCCUCGGCGCUGAAGUUGCGGACACUUCGUCCAAGGUCGUUCCCCUGCGCGCCUCGCCCGGUGGCAGGGCGAUCUACGUUCCGGACCUGUUCCGUACGACGCGGCUCUCGAUCCCCUCGUCGCCGGUUCAGGUCGGUCCCCCGCCUGUGCCUGGAGAGGGCGACUCGGAUCCCGAUGUCGGGGAGGAGUACCAAGGCCGCGCGGAGAGCGACGAGGACUGGGACGAGCGCAAGAAGGGAGCCCCGGGCAAGAAGUACAAGCCCGCCCAGCGUGCAGCCUCGGUGCCGACUGUGCGCAACCUGAAGCCUCGCCCGUGCCACACGUUCUACCUCUCGCCUUGGGGAUGCAAGAACGGCGACGGCUGCGAGUACGCGCACCACUAUAAGCUGAACGAGGAGCAGACGGAGGAGCUCGCUCGCCUCGCCAAGGAGAUCAUCUGUCCUUAUGUCCGCUCCAAGCGCUGUCACUUCAGCGAAGACGAGUGCGUGUACGGCCACCGCUGUCCGCGUGGGGAGCGGUGCACCUUUGGCGACACUUGUCGCUUCAAGGACCUCCCUAAUGGACACGGCGAGGACAGCCCCGCCCCCACCCCCGCUGCCACUCGUCCCUCCACGCCCGCUCCUGCUGUUGCCGAGUCGCAGCCGGCCUCUCCCUCCAUCUCGACCGCGAACGCACCCGCCGGCCCGGUUCCUACCCAGGCUCAGGCUGCUCAGGCUGCUCAGACGCAGGCGCAGGCACAGGCCGCGACCCCCGCCGCUGCGUAA